GAGAAGACAAGAGCCAAGCAAGUGUCUUAUCUCUCACCGAAUCAGAUCCCUUAAAUACUUCUUCUCUUCAUUUCCCAAUUUGCGCCGCCAUUAAAAAUAAGCUUAGCUAAUCGCUAUCGUCAUCACCAGCAACUAACGCAUCCUCUCUAUUUGCUCACUUUUCCCCGCAUCUUCUUCAUAAAGCCUCCAAUUUGCGAAGUGGGUUUCUCGGAGUUGAACCGUGAUUAGAAGAAAUCUACCCAAUUUCUGGAUUUUGCGAUAACGGUUUUCUUGAUCUCGUCGAGGAACAGAGAGAUAUGUCUUCGAUCAAUUUAUCGUCUUCGUCUCCUUCCACCAUAUCUCUUGCCCGCUCUAGAUUAAACCAAAGCUCUACUACAUUGUUCCAUGGACUGCACCGUAUCAGUUUGCCAUCUAACCAUCCAUCAUCAUUUGCAAUUAAAACCACUGGAAAAGUUAAAGCUGCAGUGAUCUCCAGAGAAGAUGAUCUGCUCUCUUACACCAAUGGCAACGCUCCACUCUCAAAUGGGUCUCUCACUGUUGAUGAUCGGAUCGAAGGACCUUUAGAGGCCGAUUCAGUUUCACUUGGUACACUUGCGGCAGAUUCAGCUCCUGCGCCAUCCAAUGGUUUCGUUGCUGAAGAUGAUGACUAUGAGUUGGAUUUACCAACACAAGGUUUCUCUUCAAUCCCUGAGGCCAUUGAAGAUAUACGCCAAGGAAAGCUUGUGGUAGUUGUGGAUGAUGAAGAUAGAGAAAAUGAAGGGGAUUUGGUAAUGGCUGCUCAGUUAGCUACACCUGAGGCUAUGGCUUUUAUUGUGAAACAUGGAACUGGGAUAGUUUGUGUGAGCAUGAAAGACGAUGAUCUCGAGAGAUUGCACCUUCCUCUAAUGGUAAAUCAGAAAGAGAACGAAGAAAAGCUCUGCACUGCAUUCACAGUGACUGUGGAUGCAAAACAUGGUACAACAACGGGAGUAUCAGCUCGUGACAGGGCAACAACGAUAUUGUCUCUUGCAUCGAGGGAUUCAAAGCCAGAGGAUUUCAAUCGCCCAGGGCAUAUCUUUCCGCUCAAGUAUAGAGAAGGCGGGGUUUUGAAAAGGGCGGGACACACUGAAGCAUCUGUUGAUCUUACUGUUUUAGCUGGACUAGAUCCUGUUGGAGUACUGUGUGAAAUUGUCGAUGACGAUGGUUCCAUGGCUAGAUUACCAAAGCUCCGUGAAUUUGCAGCUGAGAAUAACCUGAAAAUUGUUUCCAUUGCAGAUUUGAUCAGAUAUAGGAGGAAGAGAGAUAAACUAGUGGAACGUUCUUCUGCGGCUCGGAUCCCGACAAUGUGGGGACCUUUCACAGCUUACUGCUACAAGUCCAUAAUAGACGGAAUAGAGCACAUUGCAAUGGUUAAGGGAGAGAUUGGUGACGGUCAAGACAUUCUAGUGAGGGUACAUUCGGAAUGUCUCACCGGGGACAUAUUUGGGUCAGCAAGGUGCGAUUGCGGGAACCAGCUAGCCCUUGCGAUGCAGCAGAUCGAGUCAACUGGUCGUGGUGUGUUGGUUUACCUUCGUGGACAUGAAGGAAGAGGGAUCGGUUUAGGACACAAGCUCCGAGCUUACAAUCUGCAAGAUGCUGGUCGGGACACUGUUGAAGCUAAUGAGGAAUUAGGUCUUCCUGUUGAUUCUAGAGAGUAUGGAAUUGGUGCACAGAUUCUAAGGGAUCUGGGCGUUAGGACGAUGAAGCUGAUGACGAAUAAUCCCGCUAAGUACGUUGGUCUGAAGGGAUAUGGAUUAGCCAUUGUGGGAAGAGUCCCACUCUUGAGUCUUAUCACAAAGGAGAACAAGCGAUAUUUGGAGACCAAGCGGUCCAAGAUGGGUCACAUGUAUGGCUUGAAGUUCAACGGCGAUCUUAUCCAGAAGACUGAUGAGUCUGAGUCUUAAGCGCCGAGAAUCAUGAUGAACCAAUUCGAACGUUACCGGGAAUAAAUAUACACAAUACUUCAAAAACCCACAUAGCAAGAAAAGACUUUUGAUUUAUCUGAGAAAUUUGAUUGGAUUGGUUUAUGUUCUAAUCUAAUCUUUAUCUGAUUUUUUUUUUAACAAUUCUUGUUACAAAAUUUUCAGCAUUGUUACUUGUUAUGCUCUAGACUGAGUAGUUGCAUUCGAUUUGUGAAGCUAUGAAAAGAGGAAGCUUUGAAAUGUGCAUCCUCCUUUGCUUGA